GUGCCCUAACCUCUCCUCCUUCCUCUCUCCACCAAUCGCUACGUACCUCUCUCUCUUAACUGCGGAAUCCGAUUAACACCGGAAUCCGCCAUGGAAGAUGAAUAAGAUCCGAUCUCUCCGCUUCCUCCUCCCCGAGACCAUAACCUCCGCCGCGUCUAACCGAGGAUCUGUCGCCGUACGCUACGGCAGCCAAGUCCUUCCAUGGCGGCAUCAGAUCCUGGACCCGGACAGCAGCAUCGUCACCUACUGGAACCACGUCUUCCUCGUCACCUCCAUCCUCGCCCUCUUCCUCGAUCCUUUCUAUUUCUACGCUCCUUACGUCGGCGGCCCCGCGUGUCUCUCCGUCGACGUCGGCCUCGCCGCGACGGUCACGUUCUUCCGCUCGGUGGCCGAUCUCUUCCACCUCUUGCACAUUUUCAUGAAAUUCAGAACGGCCUUCGUCGCGCGGAGCUCUAGAGUUUUUGGACGCGGUGAGCUUGUUAGGGAUCCGAGAGAGAUCGCUAUGAAGUACUUGAAGAGCGAUUUCAUCGUCGAUGUUGCCGCCAUGCUUCCUCUUCCUCAGCUUGUAAUUUGGCUAGUAAUUCCAGCCGCAACCAACGGGACUGCUAAUCAUGCCAAUAGCACACUCGCCCUUAUCGUUCUCGUCCAAUACAUUCCAAGAUCAUUCAUCAUAUUCCCACUUAACCAAAGGAUUAUAAAAACAACCGGGUUCAUCGCCAAAACUGCUUGGGCAGGAGCUGCAUACAACCUCCUCCUCUACAUCCUUGCUAGUCACGUGUUGGGGGCAAUGUGGUAUCUAUCAUCAAUUGGGCGGCAGUUCUCGUGCUGGUCCAAAGUAUGCGAGAAAGAUCACGCCCUGAGAGUUUUGGAUUGUCUUCCUAGCUUCUUGGACUGCAAGAGUCUACAGCAACCUGAGCGACAGUAUUGGCAGAAUGUUACUCAGGUUCUUUCUCAUUGUGAUGCUACGAGCAGCACUACUAACUUCAAGUUUGGCAUGUUCGCUGAAGCCUUUACCACUCAAGUCGCUACUACGGAUUUUGUGUCAAAGUACUUAUAUUGUCUUUGGUGGGGUUUGAGAAAUCUAAGUUCUUACGGCCAGAAUAUAACCACAAGUGUAUAUCUUGGCGAGACCUUGUUCUGUAUUACAAUCUGUAUUUUUGGGUUGAUUCUCUUCACACUCCUGAUCGGUAACAUGCAAACAUCAUUACAAUCAAUGUCUGUAAGAGUUGAGGAAUGGAGAGUUAAGAGACGAGACACCGAAGAAUGGAUGAGACAUCGUCAACUACCUCCAGAGCUUCAAGAACGUGUCCGAAGAUUCGUUCAAUACAAAUGGCUUGCAACUAGAGGCGUCGAUGAAGAGUCAAUUCUCCAGUCUUUACCUACUGACUUACGCCGUGAAAUCCAACGCCAUCUCUGUCUUGCUCUUGUCCGCAGGGUCCCGUUCUUCUCACAAAUGGAUGAUCAACUUCUUGACGCUAUAUGCGGAUGUCUUGUCUCAUCUUUAAGCACGGCAGGGACCUACAUAUUCCGUGAAGGUGAUCCGGUGGAUGAGAUGCUCUUUGUGAUUAGAGGACAAAUAGAGAGCUCAACUACAAACGGAGGAAGAUCUGGUUUCUUCAACUCCACUACUCUAAGACCUGGUGAUUUCUGUGGAGAAGAGCUUCUUACAUGGGCCUUGAUGCCAAACUCUACACUUAAUUUUCCUUCUUCAACCCGUAGCGUCCGUGCCCUCUCUGAGGUUGAAGCCUUUGCCUUAAGCGCAGAGGAUCUUAAGUUUGUUGCUCAUCAGUUCAAACGUCUUCAAAGCAAAAAGUUGCAACACGCUUUCAGGUACUACUCACAUCAAUGGCGAGCAUGGGGAGCGUGUUUUGUGCAAUCCGCAUGGAGAAGAUACAAGCGACGAAAGCUCGCUAAAGAGCUCAGCUUGCACGAGAGUAGCGGAUAUUAUUACAGAGAUGAAACAGGAUACAACGAAGAAGGCGACGAAGAAAACUACUAUGGAAGCGACGACGAUGAUUUCGAAGGUGAGAGACUGUCUGUGGACAACACAAACAACAGCCAAAACCUUGGAGCAACAAUGUUGGCAUCUAAGUUUGCAGCAAACACGAGAAGAGGCACGAAUCAAAAGGCUUCAAGUAGUAGUAGUACUGGUAAGAAAGAUGGAUCUUCGAAUAGUUUGAAAAUGCCUCAACUAUUCAAACCUGAUGAGCCUGAUUUCUCUAUGGAUAAAGAAGACGUUUAAAAGUGUGACAUGUUUGAUUUUUAGAUGGUAAAUAGU